CUGAACCUUCUUUUAUUGCUAAAAGUGAAGAUCGCUUGUUUAAACAUUUAUUUGAAGACUAUCAAAGAUGGGUUCGUCCAGUGGAGCGCUUGAAUGACACAAUAAAGAUCAAGUUCGGCCUUGCAAUCUCUCAGCUGGUAGAUGUGGAUGAGAAAAAUCAAUUGAUGACAACAAAUGUCUGGUUGAAGCAGGAAUGGAUAGAUGUAAGAUUAAGGUGGAAUCCUGAAGACUAUGCUGGAAUAAGAUCUAUUCGUGUCCCAUCAGAUUCUAUUUGGAUUCCAGAUAUCGUGUUGUAUGACAAUGCAGAUGGACGUUUUGAGGGAACAUCUACAAAAACUGUAGUGAAAUAUGAUGGCACCAUUGCUUGGACUCCACCAGCAAACUACAAAAGUUCUUGUACUAUUGAUGUAACCUUCUUCCCCUUCGACCUCCAGAACUGCUCUAUGAAGUUUGGCUCCUGGACUUAUGAUGGCUCACAGGUUGAUAUAAUUCUUGAAGAUUAUGAUGUUGACAAAAGAGACUUUUUCGAUAACGGAGAAUGGGAAAUAGUGACUGCAACAGGGAGCAAAGGAAAUAGGACUGAUGGAUGCUGCUGGUAUCCUUUUGUUACAUAUUCAUUCAUAAUUAGACGUUUGCCACUUUUUUACACAUUGUUUCUCAUUAUUCCUUGUAUUGGCCUUUCAUUUCUAACUGUCCUUGUCUUCUAUCUUCCUUCAAAUGAAGGUGAAAAAAUUUCUCUUUGCACUUCAGUACUGGUAUCUUUAACUGUGUUUCUUCUUGUUAUUGAAGAGAUUAUUCCAUCGUCUUCUAAAGUUAUUCCACUUAUAGGAGAAUACUUGGUGUUUACAAUGAUAUUUGUGACAUUGUCCAUUGUGAUAACUGUGUUUGCUAUCAAUAUCCAUCAUCGCUCUUCGUCUACACACAACGCUAUGGCACCUUGGGUUCGCAAGAUAUUUCUUCACAGGCUUCCCAAGCUACUGUGCAUGAGAAGUCAUGUGGAUAGAUACUUUCCUCAGAAGGAGGAAACAGGAAAUAUGGAUGGAUCAGAACCAUCUAGGAACACCUUGGAAGCAGCUCUCGAUUCUAUCCGCUAUAUUAGAAGACACGUUAUGAAGGAGAAUGAAGUUCGCGAGGUUGUUGAAGACUGGAAAUAUAUUGCUCAGGUUCUUGAUCAAAUGUUCUUAUGGACUUUUCUUUUGGUUUCAAUAAUUGGAUCACUUGUGUUAUUUGUUCCUGUUAUUCAUAAAUGGGCAAGUAUUAUAGUACCUACAAAUAUAGGCAGCACAAACGCAUAA